AUGUCUGAGAAGUCUUACACUGCUGCCGAGGUGGCGGCCCACAACACUGAGGGUGACUGCUGGGUUAUUAUCGGUGAUGACGUCUACGAUGUUACCGAGUUCUUGCCUGACCAUCCUGGAGGGAAGAAGGCGAUUCUGUUGUUUGCUGGCAAGGAUGCUACUGAGGAAUUCGACAUGUUGCAUGAGCGUAGAGUUAUCAAGAAGUAUGCUCCUAAGGCCCAUCUAGGUAAGCUCGCCAAGUUUUAUAUAACUAGCUGCAUCAAUUUUGACUACAUUCGUCUUGUGUUCAAGUUUGUCUCCAACGUUGGUGUACAUAGGAAAUCGGCGUGA